AUGGCUUCCCACGAUCCAGACCAGUCCUUGGAUUCUGCCACCUCCGAGCCCAUCGACCUGACCUCCACCCCGCACUCUCUCGCUCGUGCCGUCUAUGCACGCCGCGCCGAAUAUGUACGACCACAUCGCAUACGGGUCAAGAUUGGCUCGUGGAACGUCGCAGCGUGUCCCGGUGCCGACAAGGACCUUGCUAGCUGGUUCGUCCAAGGCAAAGGCGUCGACAAGUGCUUUGCCACCGUCGACCUGGCUCAUAACCCCGCAGUCGAAGAAACAGGCGCGAGCAACCCGGGCAUCUCUUCCGAGGACCACAACGAAGUCCGCCUGGUUGGCGGCGACAAGAUUGGUCUCUACGUGCUCGGCCUCCAGGAGAUUGUCGACCUCAAUAUGGCGCGGGACGCCGUCACGCGCAUGUACUCUGACCCCGAACCCAUGGCCAAGUGGAAGGAAGCGCUCGAGGAGGCCAUGCCGCCCGGCUACGAGCUCGUCACGGCCGAGCAAAUGUCUGGCCUCUUGCUCCUCGUCUACGCCUCGCCCGAAGUUGCCGCGACGGUCGGCAACGUCAGCACCGUACAGGUCGGCACCGGCCUGUUUGGCUAUCUCGGCAACAAGGGCGCCGUCACGACGCGCAUCCUGCUCGGCGAGACAACGCGCAUGGUCUUUGUCAACUCUCACCUCGCUAGUGGCGCCGAGCAGACGUACCUGGAACGUCGUCUGUGGGACUGCAACCAGAUCCUCACGCGCACCCAAUUUGAGCCGGUGCAGCUGGCUGGGUCCACGAAUCCCACGCCGGAAAAGAUUGGUGACGAGGACUUUGCCUUUUGGCUGGGCGACCUGAACUUCAGGCUCGAGGGCCUGCCGGGCGACGACAUUCGCCGGUUGCUGAUGCUGCACACGCGAGGCGAAUACGACUUGUCGAAGAAGAAGAAAUACUUCGACGGCGAGGAAAUGUUCGUUGUCAAAAAUGUCGACGACAGCAGUGAUGACGAGUCGACGACGGCGUCGACCGUGUCCCCGAGGAAGCCCGAUUUUGACGAGUCGAACACUACCUUACCAGAUCCCGACGACUUCUUGCCCGACCCGCACGACGACCCUGCUUCGCUCCAGGCUACCUUAGACUCGCUGCUGCCCCAUGAUCAGCUGGGUCGAGUGAUCAGGGAGAAAAAGGCAUUCCACGAGGGCUGGCGUGAAGGGCCUGUCACCUUCUUGCCCUCGUACAAAUACGACGUCGGCACCGUCAGUCUAUUCGACUCGAGUGAAAAGCAACGGGCUCCAAGCUGGUGCGAUCGCAUCCUCUACCGCACGCGAAAGGACAAGUUGGAGUACGAAAAGAAAGUGCAGGAGGCCGAGGAAGCGAAGAAAAAGGACGAGCAGAUGAAGGCACAGGGUCUGGAGGAUGCUGCUAAUGACGACGAUGUGCUGUUCAGCUACGACCCGGAGACGGAUGCCGAUGCCGAGGAACAGCCCAAGGGGGCUUCCGAUGCAUCCUACGACGAGUAUGACGAGUAUGACGACAACGAAGAGAACGCGACUGAAGAAGUGGUAACGAAGGAGGGCUUUACUGAUCGGAUACACCUCGAUAUUUACACAUCACACCAGCGUAUCACAUCAUCAGAUCACAAACCUAUCAUAUCUAUCUUCACCUUGGACUACGACGCCGUCGUGCCGGAACUGAAAGCCAAGGUUCACGCCGAAGUCGCCAAGGAGCUGGACCGCGCCGAGAACGAAGGCCGGCCGCUCAUCACUGUUGUUGUCGACACGCAGGAUGGCACAGGCAAAGAGGCGUCUGGACGACCAGCGGAUCAAGGCGAUCCCGUCGAUUUUGGUGACAUAAGCUACCUGCGAAAGCACACGACGCGCUUGACGAUUGCCAACACUGGCCGCGUGCCAGCCAAAUUCGCCUUUGUCGAGAGGCCAUCGGAAGACGCCGCCACCAACAGCCCACCGCACUGGUUGAAGACACGCUUCAGCCGCAGCGGCUCCGAUGACGAUGACGAGGAGGCCGAGAAGCUGGGGGAUGAUGUGACGCUUGAGCCGGGCGAGACCCUGGGUGCCGUGCUUGAAGUCUUGAUCGACGACGUUUCACGUGUUCGGGCUCUCAACGGCGACCGGGUGAAGUUGGAGGAUAUCCUUGUUCUGCGCGUCGAAGACGGGCGAGAUCACUUCAUCCCGGUCCGAGCGACAUGGCUGCCGUCAUGUUUCGGCCGAUCGAUCGAGGAGCUUAUCAGGAUCCCCGACGGCGGGAUUAGAACGUUCGCCAAGUCGAGGUUACCAAAGACCGGCUCGAUACCGUAUGAUCUCGACGUCCACUCAGCAGCACCCAAAGAACUCUUCAAGCUUACAGAGGUGAUUGAAACGCUUACUACAAGGGUUCUUGCCGACGCCAACAUGCUCGAUCAGCAAGUCAUUCCAGCCGACAGGCCUGGCUGGCCGUUUGAGAAAGCCACAUGGCUUUUUAAAGAUCAGGCGGCUCGCGAUAAGCAGGUUCUCGCCCUCGUUGAGGCUCUCGAUAACGACACACCUCUUUCUGAUGCCCUCCCGCUCGACAGCCCAGCACCGCACCGCCUAGAAGUCGCCGGUGAGGUCCUCGUUCUCUACCUACAGGGCCUAACCGACGGGAUCAUCACUGCGCCGUUAUGGGCCAAGAUCGAAGUCGCGCUUCCCCAGCUCGGCUCCACGUCACCAAUCCGCACGGCGGAGGAAGCAGAAGACGACAAGGCCACGAUCCUCGACAUUCUCGCCUCCGCGCCGAACCACAACAUCGCCUUCGUCUUCCUUACAGCAAUGCUCUCGAAAACAGCCGCCGAACUGACGCCUAUUGCCAAGGCCGAGCUCGAGGCCCUAACCUCGACUGCCAGCAAGCGCCUCAGUGUCAUCGGCCGCCGCAGCCUCAGCUUCCGCCGCAUGACGGGCGGUGGCAGCAACACGGCGGCAGCCGAGGCGGCGCUGGCGCGACGAAGGGCCAAGGAGAAGAAGUUCGCCGAGGUCAUGGGCCGGUCUGUCAGUCGCGUCACGCUGCCGGCCAAGGACAAGGAGAGAAAGGUUAUCGAGGAGAAGCUGAGGGGCGCUGUGGAACUUUUCGUCCGGAGGAGUUUGCAGGACUUAUGA